AUGCAGGACCCGCGCGACGUCGGCGACUUCCUGCGCCGCAAGAGCCUGGCCGUGCGCGAGACGGACUCGCACUUCGUGGUGCGCGACUGCCCGUUCUGCCACGCCACGCACGGCAAGGCCGACAACGUCUUCAAGAUGUACGUGCACAAGACGCAGGGCGUGUACAAGUGCCAUCGCUGCGGCGCGGCCGGCAGUUGGUUCGACUUCAAGCGCAAGCUGCAAGGCAGCGUGGGCGUCGCCUCAGCGAGCGGCGCAUUGUAUGGUGGCAGCAGCGCUAGGAACCCUGGUGUCCCCGAGGUCAAGGUCAUUCAGGCGCUGGACAACGAGAAGGCCAUGGCGAUUCAGAAGAACUUGCUGGACGACCCGGAGUUUGAGCCUGUGCUCAAGUACCUGACGGACGUCCGCGGACUGUCGAAGGAGGUGCUGCAGAAAUACUGCGUGGGAGCAGUCGAGCAGCCCUUCUGGGACCACGAGGCGGGCGAACGUGUCAACGCCAAGUGCAUCUCCUUCCCGUGGAUGGCUCGUCAGAUGGACAUGAGUGCCAUGGGUGUUAUAUGCCAAGACCAGCAGAAGCCCAGCACAGAGGACAAGAAUCUGUAUGACGUUGUAAGGCUCAAGAUCCGUGCUGUAGAGGACAAGGCGAAGCAGCAACUUGUCCCGAAGGGCGGCAGUUGGGGUCUUUUCGGAUGGAACACUGUGCCAACGGCUGCGAACGAGCUGGUGCUGACCGAGGGCGAGUUUGAUGCUAUGGCUGUCCACCAGGCGACUGGGAUGCCUGCUGUGUCGCUACCGAAUGGCUGUCAGUCCCUUCCUCCCAGCGUGCUACCGCUGCUGGAGCGAUUUAAACGCAUUUACCUCUGGAUGGACAAUGACGCGUCGGGUCAGUCCAACGUCGAGAAGUUUGCUUCGAAGCUUGGCAUGACUCGCUGCUACAUUGUGCGCCUGCCUGCGAAUGCUUCGUCCUCGCCAGUAAAGGAUGCGAAUGAUGCACUCCGAGCUGGGCUCGACCUUACUGCGAUUGUGAAGUCUGCGGAGAGGAUGCCCCACAGCCAGAUCACUACUUUCGAGGAGCUUCGUCGUGAUGUGUACGAGGAAAUUGUGAACCCGCUACGCGCCUGUGGCGUGCAAUCGCGCGCAUUCCCAUCACUGAACAGACUGAUGAAGGGCCACCGAAUGGGCGAGGUGACUGUGCUCACGGGCUCUACAGGUUGCGGCAAGACCACACUACUGAGCCAACUGUCGCUGGACUUGUGCGGUCAGGGUGUGAGUACGCUGUGGGGCUCCUUUGAGAUCAAGAACACCCGACUGAUGCACAAAAUGCUCACACAGCUCGCUCAGCGGAAUCUUUCAGGUGACGUGAACGCCUUUGAAGCUGCAGCUGAUCGGUUCGAGGCUCUACCCAUGUACUUCUUGAGGUUCUUCGGCAGUACCGAUGUGGAUGAGGUUUUGGACGCCAUGGAAUAUGCUGUGUACGCCUAUGAUGUGCAGCACAUUCUGUUGGACAACGUGCAGAUGCGGCGCUGGACAAGUUCCGACCAGGACCUGACGCUGACUUCCGUGUUCGGCACGGCCAAGGCCACCCAAGAAGCUGAUAAUGUGCUCAUCUUGCAGCGCACACGUGGCGAGUCCAAGCUGGACAUCCGCAAGAACCGCUUUGACGGCACGUUAGGAUCGAUUCCUUUGAAGUUUGAUCCGGAUACCGCUUCGUUGCGCGAAGUUGGUACGGAAGGUAUGAGCGAGGGCGUUGCAGCUGUGGACCUUGAAGCCGAAAUGGAGCUCGCUCAAAGGCGCCGCGUACAGAGCAGCAAUCGUGCGCAGGAACGCCUUCAGCCCGAACCGUUCAAUCCCUUCCCGGACAUGGAACCAGAAGAUGCCCACCCAUCCCACGAGUACCAGUAUGUCAACGGAAGCUCUUUGCCAAGGCUGGACAGUGAAAAACCAGACGACCACAACCUGAACGGCAGCAGCGGUGGUGGCAGCGGCGAACCAUUCGCAGCCUUCACGCCCAUUAUCACUCGGUAA